AUGUCGGACAUGGACGUGCGUUCGGGGACUUGCGGCGGCAUGGAGUCGUUCUGGAAGACGGCGGCCAGCUUCUGCUUCCGAUCGCCAGUGAAGAUGCGGGUCGUCAACCAACUUCACCCUCACUCCAAGCCAAUGCGGGUGGCGCGGGUCGACAUAUAUCUUCUCGCUGCGUCUGACUCUCACAGGAGGCCGGUGGUGCUGGCGCUCACAUCUCUGUCGUCGGUCGAAUGGUCUGCGGCACGGAAUAUGGCGCACGUCAUCGGUCAUCGAUCUCUGGUUCCUCAUCCAGACGUCGUGGAUUUUCAUGUCGUCCUCCUCGAAGAUCGCUUUGCGGGUGGCGCCACAACGGCCUGGCAAGCGGAUGAUAGUGUGUUCUCGUUCCCGACAGUCGAUGUUGAGAGACCGUGGGAGGACACAUUUGCCUUGCCCCUGACGAAUAAGGCUUUGACGACGAGGACGUCGUGGAGUGCCGACCACGGCUUGAGGGAUGGGGUUCACUUCCGCAACGAGAUUCUCUUUGAGAGCGACGGCGUCCUCGCUGAUGGCUUGACCGCCAUCGUGCCCGCUUCUCGGGGACUCUCAGCUCGUGUUUCGCUUUGGACAGAGCGUUGCCCAUAUUCUUAUGCCGUCAGGCUUGGGGGACUGCGCGCCCGGUUUGUGAGGAGGCAGAUUUGA